GAAAGCAAAACCUUGAGGAAGCCGAGGGAAUGGAGGCUGGCCCCAAUAUACCCGGCCACUCCUGGCCUUACACACCUCUGAGUUUACACACCAGGCAUCCUAAGAGAUUAAUAUCUUAUGCAUUUUUUGACUGCAUGAAAUUAGAUCUUCUUGAGAUCCCUCCAGACCCCGAAUGAGACUGACCAGUAACCACGUUUGCUGAAUUCCUUUAUGACAAUGUUUUUUGUCAGGUGUCUACCCUAUACCUUUUCUAGCCUAUAGACCUUAUUCGGCACCAAUGUGGCUUUAAUAAUAGUCCGAGACUCCUGGAACAAUGCUCCGCGGUUAUUUCCCUUUUGCUUUAUAGGCAUUAUAACGACGAUGCUGAUUACAAUGACUGAAAUCGGCUAUUCGGAUAGGAUCAAGCUGGUAAAGCUAGCGUCGUGCAUCUUGAAAUAGGGAAUAUCCUGCCGCAUUUGCAAGUCCAGGCUAAUGCUAACUGGGAGUUGGUAAGUGAUUCUAUCUUCUUAUUCAAAUAUUUCCCGGAAUUUGAAUCACAUAAGACAUCGACCGACGCAAAGAACCAUGCACUUAAAGUACAUUUAGCUAUAAUAUUUAUAUGUUUUCGACGGUGUUGAUAUUGAUCAUCCUUUAAUGCCAUGCCUCUUCCUCCGUGUUUAUUUUCAUUGGAGGUUUCAAGGUCAUUUUCAGCCCCCUCUCAGGCGAUGCUCAUCCAUAUAUGAUACAAGGCGUUCUCACUCUUGGUUUAUUCCAUUUCUCCCAGUUAUACUUGUGAAUUAUUCAUAACUGGAGGUCAAUCGAUUGGACUGUUGUCAACUCGUCUACUCGUAUUACCCAGAGUUACUGCACCACCCCUUCAUCUAUCUAGUUUCAGUGAAUAUAGCGACAGGAUACCCCGGGAUAUAGAUGAUGUAUGAGGAAUUUCUUGAGGUACUGCUGACUUCUGUCAAAUUGUGACCCUGAAAAUGAGUGGCCGGCGUAUGAUGACCCAGUGAGUUUGAAUCCUUCUAACUAAAGCAAGUGCUAUCGGGGGAAACGGGGUUUUUUAGGCAGGAAAGGCAAGCGUAUUUUGCCAAUAACAAUACAGGUUUUGCCAAGUUUUUUCCUGUUCGCAGUAUGCUUUGCUCGAAUGACUCCUUGCUCCAGAGGGAUUCGUUCUAUCACCGCUUGGUUGGGGACACAUUGGCCCAAACAGCACAGUGACAUGGCAAUCUGACCUGUUUGAAACUCAUGGCCCGUAUCAAAAUAACAUCCAAGCGAGAAGUGGGGAUUCUACCCCCUGUUCCCCUGGACUAUGCAUCCCGAACGCCGCUCCCGUUCUCCACUCGACUUCUGCAUCGACAUAGGGCUAUCGAAGAUGUUACCAGCCAGCCUCAUCUAUGUUAGAGAACCCGCCCCCAACUUGCGAUACCAAUGAAAAGAUUUGUUCGUGCAUAAUGAUACGAAAAUGAGGAAAAAAUAAUAAUAUCAUUUUGAAUCGGCCUUUCCCCGCUUGGCGAUGACGUGGUUUGCAUUAUGCACGCAUUACCGAAUUUGAGUGGUUCCUCCCACUGCUGCAAACCAUCUAUGUCCUUUACAUCUUCAUCUACUCUAAACCUCUCGUUCAUCAAGCGAUGCCCUGCCAGCAAAUAUGCGGUACUUCACCGAAGGAUGAUCAUUGAAUUCUAUCCAGCCUGCCAUCUUGUACUCGUAGGUCACCUACAAUGUCGAACAUCACCAGUACUAUCAGAUCGAUACCAAUAGCUCCGAUACCCCCCUUCCCGACAAUUCAACAGCAAGAAGAAGGCCUUAAUUAUACCCUAACUGCCCGUUUGAGUCAAGCGAGACUAUGGCGCAUCACAUCAAGACAGUACUCUGCAUAUGUUUAUAGGAUACCCCGCAUAUCAUUUAACAGGAGCAUGUAUAUCCACUUAUUCAGCCCUCCUCUUACGCCAUUGCCCCCCAUCUAUUGUGUGUGGACAGGGUUUUCUUCAUGUGAAGGAUGCUGCUCGCAUGGAACCUACCCAGUUAGUCCUACUGGUUGCAAAGAUCAUCUCUUAUCUUCUUGGGAUUUGUCUUCUUGCUGGAGCCACUAGACGCUAGAGGAACGGCCCGCUUUAUUUACUAAGAGAGCUGAACUACCCUGUAUUUCAUGCAUCUACAGACGCAAAGACGGGCCAGGAGGCCAACGAAUACCCCUCAUGACGAUCGACCUAUCUGGGGCGGUAUCUAGUUCCACCCAAAUUGCGAGGGGCUGUUUCUCAAUUAUAAAGAGUUCGCAAUGAAAAGGAUAAAUAUCGAGUCUCCCUCUACGAAAUCUGUGUUGUAUACGACAAUUCAAUUCACAAACCUCUACCCAAGACUGAUCUUGCUAUCCUAGAUCCAACAUGUCGUCCGCACCGCCCACUAAACUCAAUCCUCACGAUGUCAUUAGCUCCUAUUUCAUUGGGCCCAAGGCAGAGAAUCUGGACAGCUUUAGGAUCAAUAUUAAAACAAUCCUAGAUGAGUUACGGGAUGCUAGGAACAAGUAUUUUGAGAAUGAUGAGGUACCAGCAAUCAUCCUCCUUUGUUUUGCCUGGCUAAAUGAUUACAAUACUAGGUAUUUAUUACAGAAAAUGUCACAAAGUCGGAGCAGUACAAGCAAAUUGUCUUGAACUUCAACAACGCUGUCAAAAAAGCUUCUCAGAUUUUGGGAAAACAAUCGGUCCCAUUCUGGUCCCCAAGAUAUGAGGGCCACAUGUGUACCGACUUGACAACUCCUGGGCUUCUGGGAUACUUUAUGACUAUGAUCUACAACCCGAACAAUGUCGCUGUGGAAGCAAGUCCGUUAACCACCGUGAUCGAGCUAGAAGUUGGGAAACAACUGGCUGAAAUGUUUGGAUAUAACAUUGAUCCAAAAAAUAAGAGCCUCCCCCUUUCAUGGGGACACAUUACUUGUGAUGGCACCGUGGCGAACUUAGAAUCCAUCUGGGUUGGUAUGUGGUUUGAACUUCACUGCAUUUAAGGCGUGUCUAACCCGUUUAAUAGCUCGCAACUUGAAGUUUUACCCGCUCACCUUGUCCUGGGCAAUGAAAGAAGGAUCGCUUUGGUUUAUUGCUGAUAAGUUCAAGGUUGCCCCUUGUGUUGGUAAUGAGAAACUGUUCAAAGACCUUACUCCAUGGGAGCUGCUCAACCUUAGUUCUCAGACAAUCUUGGGCCUGGCUGAUCGCCUACAUGAACAAUUUGGCAUUACAUCUAAGUAUCUCGAGGAAGCUUUGAAUCCCUUUAGCAUUCAAACUGUCGGCAAAGACCGCCUUGAAGCCUACUUUGGUAUUAACAAGCCCAUGAAGUAUUUCCAUGCCAAGACUAGACACUAUUCAUGGCCAAAAGGAGGCGGUAAGUUGACUCGAUUCAGCUGCUUCUCGUCUACAGCUAACAUGUUCUAGCCAUCGCUGGGCUUGGGUCGGGAAACAUGCACGGAAUCAAGCUUGACUUGGAUGGCCAUAUUGCCCUUGAGGACCUUGAGAUGGAACUCAAUCGCUGCCUAAGGGAACAGCAAGCAGUGUUAGCAGUAGUAGCCAUCAUGGGCUCUACCGAAGAAGGCGCUGCGGAUCCGCUGAGAGACAUUCUUGAUAUGAGAGCGGACUUCCAGCGGAGAGGGCUGUCAUUCCUAGUUCAUGCUGAUGCUGCAUGGGGAGGGUACUUCAGCACCAUGAUUCCUAAAAAUGCCAAGGCUCCACAGAUGCCAGGGAGUGGCAGUGAGACUGGCGGAAAGGAAGUCAUAGAGAUUGUUCCGUCGCUUCCACUGAAGGAAAGCACUCUGACGAAUAUGAUUGCACUCAAGGAUGCGGACUCUAUUACUGUGGAUCCUCACAAAGCAGGAUACAUCCCUUAUCCGGCUGGCAGUUUGGUUUACCGUGAUGGGCGCAUGAGGUUCUUAGUGACAUGGACUAGUCCGUAUCUAUCCCAAGGCUCUUCGGAAAACAUUGGGGUUUAUGGUGUAGAGGGCAGGUAAGUAUCCCCAUUGCGCAUAUGCUGUAGCUCAUACUUUCGUCCUACAUAAGAAUUAGCUGCUUACAUCCCUUGGCUCAUAGUAAACCCGGAGCAGCCGCCAUGGCUACAUGGUUCUCAAAUACAACUAUUGGCCUUGACCGUAACGGCUAUGGCAGACUACUAGGAGAAGCAGCUUUUACGAGCGCACGGGUAAGCCAAAGAUAAAGGCUCGGCCUGAGUUUAUGGCUUUUGACGGACGCUGAUAAUUUUUUGCUAGUUGUCUGCCCAUUAUGCAGCUAUGCAUUAUGAAGAAGAGACUGAUCCAGCCGAAAAGAAGAAGCAUUACAUAUGCAUUCCCUUCAACAGACUCCCGAUGGAGCAUGCUGGCUAUGGCUCCUUAUCUCCAGAAGUAAAUGCGCGGAGGAAGCACGUCCAAGAAAAUAUACUUGAGAAGACCAAUGAGGAACUCAUGAAGAACAAGGAAGACAUGAAAUAUCUUCGUGAGCUAGGAUCUGAUCUGAAUAUCAAUGCUUUCGCUCUAAAUUGGUACCGCGAGGAUGGCACUCUGAACGAUGAUCUUGAAGAAGCCAACUACUUUAUGAAGAGAAUUGUGGACCGCCUUUCCAUUACCAGCUCUGCCGGAAACCCAAGAGAGAUCCCACUUUACCUGACUUCAACUCAGUUCUCCUCUGAGCUUUACGGGGAGUGUGCUCAGAACUUCAUGAAGCGGCUGCAUCUAGCCCCAGCCGCUGAGGACCUGUUUGUUCUUCGCAAUGUGGUGAUGAGUCCUUUCCCCACUCAUAAAAAGUUCAUUUGUUCUUUGAUGAACGUGUUCGAGGAAGUAAUCGAAGAGGAAGUCAAGAAGGUCUGGGAGCGUAACAAGCGAGGCAAAUACCAAGGUGUUUUCCUGAUGAGAGGCACGGAUGAGAUCUUCCUGGACUAUCAUACCAGCUUCCACCAAGCUACCCGGCGUCAGCAGAUUAUUCUUGCGGCUGAAUUGGACGACAAUGAAAUGAAGAAAUAUGUGGAAUUGAAGGAACAUCAGUCUGGAGAGAUAGCAUUCCAAUCCAAGGACCCGUUUGAUCUGGAAGGCUUUGUUGAGGAUGUGAAAAAUCGCAAAAACCCAACCCUCAAGGGCAUUAUUGGGAUAAGACAGAAAGACGAUGUGAUGAAGAAUAUGGACUGCACCAUCAAGGCUACUCGCAUUAUAAAGAGUCGUCCGCUCAACUCGGCCAACCGGGACCAUUCCUACCCGCAGCACAAUAUGCCAUUCUACCUAUACGGGACAAAAGAGCAGCACCACAUUUCACACGUCCUCCUCAAGGCGCCAAACGUAUGUCUCUCUGCCAGCAAUGUGAAACUUGAUACCGAGUUGGCCAAGGUGGUCCACGAAAAUAUCUGUCAAGGACUGAUCUUGACGCUAUGUGACUAUCGCGAGGCCACCAUGCAACCUUUCCCGAACAAAAACGAGGUGAUCAAGAAAGAUGCACACUUCUUCUUCCGCCCAGGCAAGGAGUUUGAGGUCAAAGUUUUCAGGGACCCGAAUGCGCCCAUUGCCUUCGGGCCGGGCCUACUCACCAACCUUGCCACCCCCAUUGCCCGGGGUAAGAUGACACUAGGCCAAGAUUGCCAUGUGGAUGUGGAGUCUCUCAACCAUGAUCCAUUAGCCAAAGUGACUCUCCCAUUCAAUCCAUUGGAAGAUCUGAAGGAGCUCGAAAGGGUCCUUACGACCGCAACCGCUGAGGAGCAUCCUCAGUCUGACGCUCCCAGGAUCGCUCAGGUCUCUGCCACUGCAGCGAAUCAAUCCACUGCCGCUGAAACCUCUGUUAAUGGCAAUAAUACGGCUAGUGUUUCUGGCACUCCUGGGACGCCUGGAACUCCUGAAUCAGGCGAAUCAUUGACUUUCAGGGUUCCACGGCCUAAUGAAACCUAGGAUGUUUCCUCUACGCUUCUGGAGGACAGGCUGGAAGCCAUGAGAGGCUGUCGAUAAGAAAUGAUACUUUGCGGGGCUAUCCCUUCUGCUUUAAUCACUGGUAGUUACUGAUCCAAUUAGUUAGUCAUUUCUAUGCUAUCAAUAACUAUCAGUCGUAGCCAGUCCACCUUUGUAGCCAGCUGCCUCUAUGGGGCCCAUCUUCUUCACCAUAUCCCCUUCACGCCGCCAUCUCUUCUCUACCCAGCGCACCCGCAGUAUUGUCUGCCUCUCAAUCCUUGUCCUUGCCUUGGUCUUUGAAUAUUUUUGA